CCGGAAGCAGCGAUGGCGGAAGUUUGUUUCUCCUGAACCAGACGACUGAAUGGUGGUGCAGAUCAUGAUCGGCCUCAUCAACCUCGGCUUCGGGGUACCGCUGUACCACUCGACCUCCCGGCUCCUCGCCCUCGACUUCUGGGUGCCCUGGUGGGCAGGGCUGCUUUAUGUCAUCUCCGGGUCGCUGACGAUGCUGAGGGUGGACGCACCGGGCCCUCGCGUGAGAACGCUGGCCAGCUGCUCGAACGCCAUCAGCGCCGCGGUGGCCGUCUUCGCCGCUGUCAUCUACGUCCUAUCCACCUUGAUCGACAAGCACGGACGCUCCCUGCACGUGACGCAAGUGCCUCACCUGCUCCUCGUGAUGCUCUUCCUCUACUCCAUCGUCGAGUUCGUCUUCGCCCUUGUCGUCACCAUCGUCCUCUUCAAGAUGUAAUGGGAGCCUUGGACAGAUUUCGGAGUCACCCCAUCGCUCUCGGGCCAAACGUCCUCGCCCAGCUUAAGGCUCUCGAGAUCCUGGAGGGGGAGAGCGGAGAGCCUUGGUGCUGGCCCGCCACUCCGCACAAGAGCCUUCUAUGCACCA